AUGACGGGCGGAGAAAACCUGAUGAGGGUCCUGCUGCUCGCCAGUCUCCUGCUCCCAGGUGUGAGGUGCGUGAAGGAGGCGGUGUUUGCGUACAGCAGACUGGGAGGCGUGGCUCUGCUGCCGUGCGUCCACCAGGUGUCCUCAGACUGCUCCCAGAUCAGCUGGACCUUCUACAAGGGCGGCCAGGUGCGCUACACCGAGGAGGUCCGGGGGGGGCAGGUGAGUCCGGACUCGGACAGGGCCGGCCGCAUGUCCGUGGAACCCAACUGCUCGCUCAGCCUCCGCGGCCUCGUCGUGGAGGACGCCGGCUCCUACGUCUGCGUGACGCACGGAAAACCCAUCGCUGACGUUUACCUGUCCCUCCUCACCGUCACCUCCGUCUCCUCCGUCACCGACCUGCAGCCCGGAGGAAACCUCACCCUGAGCUGCGUCCUCUUCACCUACUACGACAUCGGGAGCUGCAAGUCCUACUCCAGCGCGUUCAACCUCAGCUGGGUGGAUGAGGACGGUGCCAUGCUGCCCAAAGACACCAGGUACGAGCAGACCAUCGUCACUCGCUGCAACAUCACGCUGGCCGUUAAACUCCGCAGGGAGGACCACAACAGGAAGUGGAGGUGUCAGGUGCACGCCGGAGGAAACCGCAGGGCGGAGUUUCUGGACUUCACCUCCACCUUUUUGUUCCAAGAUCCUCCCACCGCCCAGAAUCUGGUUCCUUCACCCGGCGUAGAUUGUCCAGUGGAGCUGCCCGUGAGCCGCAUCCUGGUCUGUGUGGCUCUGCCCGUCAUGGUGCUCAUAGUGGGCUUCUUCACGUGGAGAGCAGACCACAAGAGGGCCAAAACAUCCGCAGCUUGCAUCGAGCUCUAGCAAAUCAACUGAUUGUUGAUGACUGUUUCUUUUCUUGUGUGUUUUGUCGUCUUUUUGUUCUUUAAAUACAAGCAAGUCUAUUCAAAAGUGACAUAUUCAUGUCUCUGUGAUACUGCAACACCUGAAUUCACUCUGUGGGGGAUCAACGAAGGUUUAUGCUAUUUUAUAUUUUAAGGAUUUUAAGGAUAGGUUCCCAUGGUUUUACUAUCUUGAAUAAAACAACACUGUCAUGCCCAUUUUAACAAUAAAGAGGUUAUUAUUGCUGUAAAUGUCCUUGCUGUAAUAACU